AUGGAUGCCUCUCUUGAACGAAUAGUGCAGAACAUUGGACACCUACUCGUUUCAUCCAGGAGCAUCAUUGUUUUCGUGACAGUCUUUGAUACAACUAAAUCUCUACUCAACCGAUGUGGAAACUAUUUGCCCAUCUUUGGAUGGUGCCAACGGAUUAUGAAAAGUAACAUUCUGGUACAAACGGUAAGUUAUAAACUUAAUAUAACUGCCUAA